AUGCGUAUCAAGGCUUCUGGGUUGCGUUGCGAAAUCUCAGUGGUUGAUACGGUUCAGGUGGCCUGGGAUAAACUUAAAACUUAUCUCACGGAAGUGUCUACUCCCUGCAUCCCGCUUGCGAGGAGAAAGGAGACACGAACGCGGUCGCCGUGGAUAGAUACCACAGGCAAGUACCUGCUCCAGAAGCGUUCUAGGUGCUGGAGGGCCUACCGUGCGGCUCCAUCAAUUAGCACCUAUGAUAGAUACCGCGAGGCUAGAAAUAGGUGUAAACAACACUUAAGGAAAGCUCGGUUGUUGUACGAAGAGGAAUUGGCUGGUGAGGCUUCGGAAAAUCAGAAGAAGUUCUUCGCUUAUGUUAUGAGACGCUGUGGUUCAAAUUCGGUAAUCCCAACUUUGAUGCGGGCCGAUGGAACUCGUGCGUAUGCGGACUCAGAUAAGGCUCGUGUACUUGGGGAGCAGUAUGCAGGGGCUUUUGUACGUGAGGCCGCGUUGACUAGCGUUGAACUUGCCCCCAGAGUACCUGAGGGUUCUUACUUAGCUGAGUUUACUGUGGUGGAAACGCAAGUCCUUAAACUGCUGCAAGAACUGAACCCUUCAAAAGCAGCUGGACCUGAUUCAGUUCACCCGAAGCUUCUGCAUGAGUUGGCGGUGGAACUAAGUGGAUCGCUGACGAUGGUGUUUCAGAAGUCACUUGACAUCUGUACAUUACCUUCUGAAUGGAAGGAGGCUGUCAUCUGUACUAUCUUCAAAAGUGACGACAGGAGUCUGUCAGCCAAUUAUAGGCCAGUAAGUCUGACUAGCGUCGUGGUCAAACUGCUUGAAAAUCUGGUGAGAGAUUCGUUGCAAGGUCACCUGAAUAGAUUUGAUUUACUCAGUACUGCACAACAUGGAUUCCGGAAGGGGUUUUCGUGUCUGACGAAUUUGUUGGUUGCUCGUGAA